GCCGCGCGAGUCGGGUGGAGGUGGCGGCCCUGGCCUUGGUCUGGGAGGAGUCGGCCGCGCCGGGGCCCGCAAGGUUGGGGAGUGAAUGAGCCGCUCGCACUAGUCCCCUCCCCGCCCACUCCCUCCACUUUCCGCCGCUGUGACCUGGCCGGGAGGGGGCCGGAGUCGGCCGUGGCGGCGGCAGGAUGUUCUCCAAGAAGCCGCACGGGGACGUGAAGAAGUCUACCCAGAAGGUGCUGGACACCAAGAAGGACGCGCUGACCCGCCUCAAGCACCUGCGCAUCGUCAUUGAGAAUGCAGAAUCCAUUGAUCUUAAACAGUUUUUUGACCAACAUUUUUCACAUAUAUAUUAUGUGUUUUUUGAGAAUUUUGUUACUAUUGAAGCUAGUCUUAAACAGAAAGGUCACAAGUCUCAAAGGGAGGAAUUGGAUGCUAUACUUUUUAUUUUUGAGAAAAUUUUACAACUUCUUCCAGAAAGAAUUCAUCAGCGAUGGCAGUUUCAUAGUAUUGGAUUGAUUUUAAAGAAACUACUACACACAGGAAACUCCUUGAAGAUUAGGCGGGAAGGUGUUCGGCUUUUCUUGUUAUGGUUGCAAGCUCUUCAGAAUAACUGUAGCAGAGAACAGCUUUGGAUGUUUUCAUGCUUAAUCCCUGGAUUUUCAGCACCACAGUCUGAGUAUGGACCUCGAACUUUAGAUAAUCUGAUUAAUCCUCCACUCAACCUUCAAGAAACUCAAGUCACUAUAGAGGAAAUCACUCCACUUGUCCCCCCACAAUCAGGAGAUAAAGGACAAGAAGAUCUUACAAGCUAUUUUCUUGAAGCACUUUUAAAAUAUAUAGUAAUUCAGGUAAAAAGUUUAGAAUGGAAGAACAAAGAAAACCAAGAAAGAGGAUUUUCAUUUUUGUUUUCACAUUUUAAGAAAUAUUAUUUGCCUUAUAUUUUCCCCAACAUCUGUAAGGAGAAUAGUUUAUAUCAUCCUGUACUUGAUAUCCCACAGAUGAGACCAAAGCCACAUUAUGUCAUGAUAAAGAAGGAUGCUGAAACCAAUGAGGCAAUCUAUUGUACAAAGGAGCCUUUCAUUAAGGCUCGUGUUAUUGUCAUUCGUUGGCUGGUUUCAUUCUGGCUGGAGCCAAAGCCGCAUACAGGACCUCAUAUUCCUGGGAUGGAAGGUGAAGUCUUGCCAAAAAAUAUUCAGAGAGCAGCUGCUAGUUUGGUAUCCAGAGAAGAAAACAAAAAUGAUAAUGCUGAUAAAGCAGAUAGAAGUGCAGAACCUGAACAGUCUCAUUCCAACACAAGCACUCUCACGGAACGAGAACCUAGCUCUUCUAGUCUCUGUAGUAUUGAUGAAGAGCAUCUCACAGACAUUGAAAUAGUUCGCAGAGUUUUUUCUUCUAAAAGAAGUAACGUUAACUUUGUCACAGAGAUAUUUCGUCAGGCAUUUUUAUUACCAAUUUGUGAAGCAGCAGCUAUGAGAAAAGUGGUGAAAGUAUAUCAGGAAUGGAUCCAGCAAGAGGAAAAACCUUUGUUCAUGCAAGAGCCUGAAGAAAUUGUGAUCUCUUCUUCAGACCUUCCAUGCAUUGACAAUGUCACAGACCAUGAUAUUUCAAUGGAAGAAGGAGAAAAAAGAGAAGAGGAAAAUGGGACCAAUGUUGCUGAUCAUGUUCGAAAUUCCACUUGGCCUAAAAAUGGCACCUACCAAGAUGUUCUUCAUAAUGCUUCUGAAGAAGCCAUAGAACAAAACAUACGAGCUGGUGCCCAGGCAGUUUUGCAGGUGUUUAUUAUAAACUCUUCAAACAUAUUUCUUCUUGAGCCUGCAAAUGAGAUAAAAAGUCUUCUGGAUGAGCACACAGAUAUGUGUAAACGAAUUCUUAACAUAUAUCGGUUCAUGGUUGUACAAGUAUCAAUGGACAAAAAGACUUGGGAACAGAUGCUGCUUGUGUUGCUCAGAGUCACGGAGUCUGUACUGAAGAUGCCAUCACAAGCUUUUCUGCAGUUCCAGGGGAAAAAAAAUAUGACUUUGGCAGGUCGACUUGCAGGACCACUUUUCCAGACUCUUAUAGUUGCCUGGAUUAAAGCAAAUCUAAAUGUGUACAUCUCUCGAGAACUUUGGGAUGACUUACUCUCAGUAUUGUCAUCGUUGACCUAUUGGGAAGAGUUAGCCACUGAAUGGUCGCUGACUAUGGAGACACUAACUAAAGUUUUAGCUAGAAAUUUAUAUAGUUUGGAUCUCAGUGAUUUACCAUUGGAUAAGCUGAGUGAACAGAAACAAAAAAAGCACAAAGGGAAAGGAGUGGGACACGAAUUUCAGAAAGUUUCAGUUGACAAGUCAUUUUCUAGAGGAUGGAGUCGCGAUCAACCUGGCCAAGCCCCAAUGAGGCAGAGAAGUGCAACAACCACUGGUUCCCCAGGCACAGAAAAGGCAAGGAGUAUAGUACGGCAAAAAACUGUUGAUAUUGAUGAUGCUCAAAUACUUCCUCGUCCAACCAGAGUCAGACAUUUUUCGCAAAGUGAAGACACUGGAAAUGAAGUUUUUGGUGCUUUGAGUGAGGAGCAGCCAUUGCCUCGAAGUAGCAGCACUUCUGACAUCUUGGAACCAUUCACUGUUGAACGAGCCAAAGGUGCAGUUCCUGUCAUUGACAGUUCAUCCCGUCACGCACCGAGCUUGCAGAGUUCCACAGAGGCUUCUUCAAUAACUAGAUCCACUGAGAGCCACAUCACUGACACUCAUAGUAGAGAGUCUUCUCUGGAAGUUGGUGAUAGCAUAUAUGACCAUCUCUGUCACUUAAUAGAUCCAGUAGAACUUGCAGAUUCAGCUUUCGAACAAAUCCAGUACAUUGACCUUGAAGGAGAUGAUGAUCUUCUUUCCUCCCUGAAAGAAUAUUUUAAGGAAACCCAAGAAAGUCACAGUAAAAACGAGUUAGAAAAAGAUGCAGCUUUGCAGGAGGUGAUCUCUUUUGCAGUAAAUAAGGAUGAAAGAUCAUCCUUAGAUAAAUUAGAGUACAUAGACCAGGAAAGUAAAUCAGAAAAUACCACCUCUUUUGUUGGAACUCCUGAAAACAUACAGUUUCAAAAAGAACCAAACUCCACUGUCUUCACAAAUAUUAGUGCACCCAACCAGUUAGACAGCUUUAUGAAAGCAAAAACUUCUGAAAAAUGUAAACAACUAAACAAUGAUAAACAGUCAUCGGAACCUAGUUUAGGUAGCCCUUGUGAUAAAGAAAAGAGAAAACAUCUGUACAGACAAACAGCCACAGAAUUAGAUGCCUGUAUAGAUAUAACACUAGCUGAAAAGGUUAAGGGUGUGCAAAUUAAUGAAAAAAUCACUGCCCCACAUGUUUUGCAUGCCAAGAAAACGACACUAAAAGCACCUGUUAACCGUAGAAUGCCUCAUGUUACAAGCACUAGCAAGCUUUCUCCAACUAAAAGGAGCUUGUCUGAAACAGUAACUCACAGAGCCAAAAUCAUGAAAAUUGCUACUAAAAAGCGAAAUAGUGUUCAUGUUACUUUUAGACCUUCUACUGAGUCAGUCCAGUUUUAUAAUCCUCUGGAAAACAAAGAGGCUCCAUGGAAGAUGAGACUACGAAAGCUCAGUGGCUUUAGUGGUGGUAGUAAUAGCAACAUCAGCAACCCCCACACCAGCUCCAACAGUGCUGCAGAGCUAGUAAAGCCUGGUGUGUACAGGCCACUAGAUACAAUUAGUGCAGCAUCAGCAAGCAGUGAAACAAUUAAGGAAACAACAGAGAUUCCCACCGCCAUAUUACAAAAAGAAGGAACCUCAACUAAUCAGUUAGGUAGUCGUAGUACUAUUAAGUCAUCAAGUCAUGAGGCAGGACUACAGCAGGGCUCCCUGGGUGGCGUUUAUAAAACUGUUGUCCAUGCUCUUUCGAAGCCGAAGGCAAAUGUUUCCCCACAGAGGCAGAACAGAAUGCCACCAGAGGCUCCACUGAGGGAUCUGUACAGUCAUGUAAUGGGCUAUUUUGGAAGGAAAGCUGCAGUCAAUAAAGAGGACAUGAGCACAAAACUGCCUCCUCUUAAUAGUGAUAUUGGCAGCAGCAAUGCUAAUGUUCCUGAUCUGAUGGAUGAGUUUAUAGCAGAACGACUUCGAAGUGGUAAUGCCUCAACUAUGACACGAAGAGGAAGUAGUCCAGGUAGCCUCGAAAUUCCCAAAGACCUCCCUGAUAUUCUGAAUAAGCAAAACCAAAUGCGUCCUAUUGAUGACCCAGGUGUACCCUCAGAAUGGACUUCUCCUGCCAGUGCAGGGAGCAGUGAUCUUAUCAGCUCAGAUAGUCAUUCGGAUUCUUUCAGCGCUUUCCAAUAUGAUGGCCGAAAAUUUGACAAUUUUGGUUUUGGAGCUGAUACUGGGAAUGCAUCCUCUGCUGACAUGGAUUCAGGUUCUGGCCAUUAUCAGAGUGCCGAAGAGCAAGAGGUGGCUAGUCUAACCACUCUACACAUCGACUCGGAAACGAGCAGUCUUAAUCAACAAGCUUUCUGUACUGAAGUUGCAACGGUUACUGGUUCAGAAAGUGCCUCUCCAGUCCAUUCAGCUCUGGGAUCCAGGUCACAGACACCUUCUCCUUCCACCCUGAAUAUAGAUCACAUGGAACAGAAGGAUCUACAGCUCGAUGAGAAGCUCCACCACUCUGUUCUUCAGACACCAGAUGACCUAGAAAUCAGUGAAUUUCCGUCUGAAUGCUGUAGUGUGAUGGCAGGGGGCACUCUUACGGGAUGGCAUGCUGAUGUUGCUACUGUAAUGUGGCGAAGGAUGCUGGGUAUUUUGGGAGAUGUCAACGCUAUUAUGGAUCCUGAAAUACAUGCUCAAGUUUUUGAUUACCUCUGUGAACUUUGGCAGAAUCUAGCUAAGAUUAGAGAUAAUCUUGGCAUUUCAACUGAUAACCUGACCUCCCCUUCUCCACCGGUUUUGAUUCCUCCACUGAGAAUUCUUACACCUUGGCUUUUUAAGGCAACCAUGUUAACUGAUAAAUAUAAACAAGGUAAAUUACAUGCCUAUAAACUUAUUUGUAAUACAAUGAAAAGGAGACAAGAUGUUUCUCCAAAUAGAGAUUUUCUAACACAUUUCUACAAUAUAAUGCAUUGUGGAUUACUUCAUAUUGAUCAGGACAUUGUCAAUACCAUCAUCAAGCACUGCUCUCCUCAGUUUUUCUCACUCGGCUUGCCUGGUGCCACAAUGCUUAUUAUGGAUUUUAUCGUAGCAGCUGGCAGAGUGGCUUCUUCAGCUUUUCUCAAUGCACCAAGAGUGGAAGCACAAGUUCUUCUGGGAUCUUUGGUUUGCUUUCCCAACUUGUAUUGUGAACUGCCUGCUCUCCAUCCCAACAUCCCUGAUAUUGCUGUGUCUCAAUUUACAGAUGUUAAGGAACUUAUAAUCAAAACCGUGUUAAGCUCUGCAAGAGAUGAGCCCUCUGGUCCUGCACGAUGUGUAGCACUUUGCAGUUUAGGUAUUUGGAUUUGUGAAGAACUAGUCCAUGAGUCUCAUCAUCCUCAAAUUAAGGAAGCUCUGAAUGUAAUUUGUGUAUCAUUAAAGUUUACUAAUAAAACAGUAGCCCAUGUAGCUUGUAACAUGCUUCACAUGCUGGUUCAUUAUGUACCUAGACUUCAGAUUUACCAGCCUGAUUCUCCCUUGAAAAUUAUUCAAAUUCUAAUAGCCACUAUUACCCAUCUUUUGCCAAGUACGGAAGCGUCAUCUUAUGAAAUGGACAAGAGGUUGGUGGUAUCCUUACUUCUGUGCCUUCUGGACUGGAUCAUGGCCUUACCUCUUAAGACACUGCUCCAACCAGUCCAUGCUACAGGAGCAGAAAAUGAUAAAAUAGAAAAAUCUGUCCUUAAUUGUAUUUAUAAGGUAUUACAUGGGUGUGUUUAUGGAGCUCAGUGUUUUAGCAAUCCAAGGUAUUUUCCAAUAAGCCUUUCUGAUUUGGCAUCUGUAGAUUAUGAUCCUUUUAUGCAUUUGGAAAGCCUGAAAGAGCCUGAACCUUUGCACUCUCCUGAUUCGGAACGAUCCUCUAAACUCCAGCCAGUAACAGAAGUGAAAACUCAAAUGCAGCAAGGAUUAAUCUCCAUAGCUGCCCGCACUGUUAUUACACAUCUGGUGAAUCACUUGGGCCAUUAUCCAAUGAGUGGUGGUCCUGCUAUGUUAACAAGUCAGGUGUGUGAGAAUCAUGACAAUCAUUACAGUGAGAGCACUGAACUUUCCCCUGAACUCUUCGAGAGUCCAAAUAUUCAGUUUUUUGUGUUAAACAAUACAACCUUAGUGUCCUGUAUCCAGAUCAGAGCUGAAGAGAGUAUACCUGGAGGAGGUUUAUCUGCUGGUCUUGCAUCAGCCAAUUCAAAUGUCAGAAUUAUAGUACGUGAUCUUUCUGGAAAAUAUUCAUGGGAUUCUGCCAUCCUGUAUGGACCACCUCUUGUAAGUGGUCUUUCAGAACCUACAUCUCUUGUACUUUCAUUGUCUCACCAAGAGAAGCCAGAAGAGCCUUCUGCAUCUCAUGAAUGCUUAGAAGAUAUAACAGUUAAAGAUGGGAUUUCCCUCCAGUUUAAAAGAAGUUUUAGAGAAACUGUACCAACUUGGGACACAAUAAGAGAUGAAGAAGAUGUUCUUGAUGAGCUUUUGCAGUAUUUAGGUGUAACCAGUCCUGAAUGCUUACAGAGAACUGGAGUCUCACUUAAUAUUCCUGCUCCACAGCCUGUGUGCAUUUCUGAAAAACAGGAGAAUGAUGUUAUUAACGCUAUCCUUAAGCAGCAUACAGAGGAAAAAGAAUUUGUUGAGAAACACUUUAAUGACUUAAAUAUGAAAGCUGCAGAACAAGAUGAACCAACACCUCAGAAACCUCAGUCAGCAUUUUAUUAUUGCAGAUUGCUUCUUAGUAUAUUGGGAAUGAAUUCCUGGGACAAAAGGAGGAGCUUUCAUCUCCUGAAGAAAAAUGAAAAACUACUUAGAGAACUUAGGAACUUGGACUCAAGACAGUGCCGAGAGACACACAAGAUUGCAGUAUUUUAUGUUGCUGAAGGACAAGAAGACAAACAUUCCAUUCUUACCAAUACAGGAGGAAGUCAAGCAUAUGAAGAUUUUGUAGCUGGUCUUGGUUGGGAGGUAAAUCUUACAAACCAUUGUGGUUUCAUGGGAGGACUACAAAAAAAUAAAAGCACUGGAUUGACUACACCAUAUUUUGCUACCUCUACAGUUGAAGUAAUAUUUCAUGUGUCAACAAGAAUGCCUUCAGAUUCUGAUGACUCUUUGACCAAAAAAUUGAGACAUUUAGGAAAUGAUGAAGUGCACAUUGUUUGGUCAGAGCAUACUAGAGACUACAGGAGAGGAAUUAUUCCUACAGAAUUUGGUGAUGUCCUUAUUGUAAUAUACCCGAUGAAAAACCACAUGUUCAGCAUCCAGAUAAUGAAAAAACCAGAGGUUCCCUUCUUUGGUCCACUCUUUGAUGGUGCUAUUGUGAAUGGAAAGGUCCUACCUAUUAUGGUUCGAGCAACAGCUAUAAAUGCAAGCCGUGCUCUGAAAUCACUGAUUCCAUUGUAUCAAAACUUCUAUGAGGAGAGAGCACGGUAUCUGCAAACGAUUGUCCAGCACCAUUUAGAACCAACGACAUUUGAAGAUUUUGCAGCACAGGUUUUUUCUCCAGCUCCCUACCAUCAUUUACCAUCUGAUGCCGGCUCCUACCCAGAGAUCCUACCCAGUGAAACUCCCACAGCGGCGCAGGUAGACGGGGCCGACCUGGCCUCUCCAAUGUCUCCUCGAACGAGCAAAAGCCGCAUGUCCAUGAAGCUGCGUCGCUCCUCUGGCUCCGCCAAUAAGUCCUAAGGAGACAGCAGCCUGGCAGUGGCCACCAGUAGCCACCUUAGCAUGAACAUGGCGUUAACCCUUCCAGGCUUUGUGUUUGCCGUAAUAUGCAUGUUCCUUCCUGAACAUUUAUUUUAGAAAACACUGGAUUUCAAUAAUUUGUAACUUAGUAUUUUAGAUUUGGGUUGUUUAUUCCGUUGGUUUUUUCCCCCACACUCCAAGCUGCCAUAUGAGGGAGGAAGGGGUGAAGCUUUAUUCUACACCCUUUACCUUCCCUCGAUAAUUAUGUCUAAGUAGUUUUACUUUCAAUUUCAUAAUUAACUUUGAGCCAAAAUAUAAUUGGACAGAUAGCCUCAUGAUUUUAUCAUGCCCCAUUACAACUUUAUGGCUCAGUAAAUAUAUAAUUUUUUAAUAAAUGUACAUCUUUAAACAUUUGUAAAGUUGUGGCAAAAGUUGCAGAUUUGUUAAUACACUUGAUGUGUAUGGAUUAUUUAUGUUAUCAAAAUAAACCACUUAAAAUAAAUGGUCUUUUAGCAUCUCAAGUUCCAGCUGAAAUAAUUUUAGCAUUACCUUUUUCUUCCCAAAGCAGUGUCUCAUUUCUUGGCUGUGCAGCAGGUGAUGCCAUGACAUAUCUAAUAACCAGAAAAAUCACUGUGCUGAACUCUGAUUCAUGUUUAGCUUCCAAAUAUUUUUCUAGUGUUUUGCUUUUUAAAUGGUAUCACUGUUAAAUGCCACUUCUGUUUUGAGAUUAUGGCCCCUUAUUAUUGGCUGCUGGACCCUGGUAUAUCUAUGUUCUUUCUUAAGUACCAAAAAGGGAAGAAUGAGGUGGGGUGGGUAGAAAAAAAAAAAAAAAAGAAAACUUUUCUAAGUGUGUGGCUUAAAUUAUGUGUACUAUUUUAAAAGAAAAGGGAACAUGACCCAGGAGUCUAAAUUAAUCUAAUAUAGUUAAUAUUGAACAUGCAGGUGCAGGUUGGUAUACAUUCCACCCUCCAGAAAUAUUUUCCUACAGUAGAUAAGCUGCUCACAUUUUGCUCACAUUUUUUUUUUGAACGAGCAUCUCCUAAAGAAAUAUGUAGCAUGACAUUGGUACUAACUGCAUGUGUAAAUACAUCAUAUCGGCAAACUAUAAAAUAUAAAUUAUGUAUCAUCAUUCAUGUAGUAUCUACAAAUUUGUAACAGUGGAAAAAAGAUGGUAUUUAAUAAUACAAUAAAAAUAUUCUUAUCA